UUUAUAUAAUCUGAGUCAAAGGAACGAUGAGUUUUUUAAUUCAUCCUCAGGGAUCAUCAAAACUGACUCCGUUUCCCAGUACCAUUUCCAGGAUUCAUGAGGAUACCAAAUGGCAGACGAUAUUUUUUAGUGGCAGCAAUUCGCUUUAAUGUUAUUGUAAAGAAGAGAAACAAAGAAACAAGCACUUAUUUAUGACAGAACGUUGAAAACAAUUGAAACAGCUAGUAAUUAUUGAGUCAAUCAAAACAAUUUUCAGGAAUGGGUGUUUUCAAUUAUUCUCCAACAAUUGAUGGAAUGACGGGAUCGGUCGUUAUCGAAUGAAAUUCCACUGGGGAUUUGAAAAGUGCCCCGUGGUUAUUUCGUUUAUCCAUUAUGGUUCGACUGUUUAAAAAAAAAAAAAAAAACAAAUGGCACCAUUCACUUUAAUUCUUGGCUCGGUAAUGUCGGCGCAGGCGUGCGCAAUCCAUGGAGUUCCUCGUGAGCGGCACUAGGAAAUUUCAGUCCUACUCUGGCAGGUGAUGUCGGCUGGUCGAGCACACCAUUGUGCCACUCACUCACGUCAGCCACUCUACGAUCUCAGCAAGACACGCGCGCUUUAUGGAGUAGCAUGCCAAGCUAAACUAUGACCGUUGAGUGACACGAGCCAGUAUUCGUACUGUAAUAAUAAAUAAAAUUUAAUUGAGUAUUUACUCGCUAAUCCGAGAGCGCGUGGUGAGUUCGAGAAAAAAGAAUUCGUAAGUGGACAACCCCUUGUGCGUGUGGAGCGCGGGAGAAUGUAAAAAGUGUGCGCUCAUGCAGGAUCGACUUUGCUAAUACUUCUGGGUGCCAAUAUAUCUGUUACGGUGCACGCGUCUCUAAGAAGGGUUACGCGAGCGUGCUGGGUGCACGAAGGGGAGACAAGUGAAAUGGGUUCUCUGCUGUGGGGGAUUUGAAGUGAUAUUACGCCGUGUUGCUAUGAACUCGUUUGUUUUGAAUUUGUAUUUGUGCAUCGUCGGUCUGAAAAAAAAUUACUAUUCAAACAAAAAGUUGUGAUAUAGUUGAUUGUUGUGGGACGGACGCUCUGUUUGCAAUGCUCGAUAACACUUGCAUUAUCGAAGGCUCGGUGAAAUUUCGAGAUGGAAAAAAGUGGAAGUCGAGGUGGUGUGUCGUCAGAAAAUUGUCCCCAGUUGCAGAUUGUCUUCAUCUCCAGCUCUAUCGGGAUUCAAAGGAACGCUACAAACAAGGCCAAACUAAAGCCUCUUUGUCCUUGGAGCAAUUUGUAGCAUUAGAGACGGGGUUCACGUUAGACAAAGAAUCCAAUACUGUCGCAUUACUGUGCAAAGACGUUGUGGUGGUGUUGGCUUUUGAUACUAGAGAACGACUCAUGCAAUGGCAGGUCAAAUUGGCAACGAACUUAAAUGCUGGUCCCCAUUUCCUGGUGCUUUUGUCUUCCGCUCCUGCCAAGGCGAAACUGCCCGCAGGUCCGGCUCGUCUUCACGUUCACGGGCAAGAUUUUAGUCUAAGUAGCGGUGUACCGCCACGACUGAUUGGCACGUGGAAGUUGGCUUACCUCAGGCGAUAUGGUGUUGUAGAUGGACGUUUUUGCUUUGAAGGGGGUUCCAGGUGUGGUAUUGGAGAAGGUGUACAUGUGCUUAUUAGUGACCAGGCGGAAGAGAUCGUUCAGGUGUUACAAAUGGCAUCGCAAGGACAGCUGGUCACUGGUUCGCGGCGGAAAACGCUCUCCAGGAACGUGACAGCCACUCAUCUUAUAGUGACUGGAAGUCCACGCGCAACCCCUUCUCGCACGGAUUCUCGAAGGGUUUUGGAGUUAUCCGACCAUCACCAUUUGCGUUCAGACUCUCCAUUUACCGAUUUAGAAAGCAGUUAUGGUUGCACGGGUGGAACUGGAGGUGAGAUGGGUCUCUCGAUGGGCGCUUGGGCUGAUUCGGCCUCUUCAAUGGGCAUAGACCGGUGUCUCAGUUGUAUGAGCAAAUUGGGUGCCAUGUCCAGGUCAUCCACAGCAGCUGCAAUGGGACACUGUGGAGGUGGUUGGGGCAUAGAGCAUACUUGCGAUCGAAGGAGUUUAAGUAGUGGAUCGGACUAUAGCACUUGGAGCCAGAUUCCUACCGGAAAGGGAAUAAUGGGACCUGGUGGAACUUCGUCUCCGAAAAGAGUUCAUUCUUCUAGUCCAAGUCCGCUACCACCCACGGAAAAUUAUGAUGUUCCUAAAAUAGCGUUACCAACGGAGCUCAAACCAGAAACUGCCUACUAUGAUACACCUCGAAAAAUAAAAGAAUGUUUGGCCUCGGACACGAUUCGGAAACCGUGUGGUUGUGUUCUUCGGCUCCGCCCUUCAGACGUCUGUCCAUGUCAUAGGUUAUCAAUGCCGUCCCAAGAACAAAUAGGUUCGAAGGAGCCUUCCAAUACACCCCAGUUGCCACCAAAAGGGUGCCACGAUUACGCUAAUAUUGAACCUGCAGCGGCUAAUUAUACGAACCUCACUUUCUGCCGUUCCUUAGAGUUAUAUGAAAAUGCCGCAACCAUAGCUAAAAUAGUCUCAGAGUCAACGCCCCAAAUGCAGUGCACAGAGUGCAGCCACAAUCAGGAAGACUAUUUGGAGAUGACACCUCUGAAAGGGAUUCCUGGGUAUUUGCCAAUGUCUAUGCCAUCUGCGUUCAAUAAAGGGAAUUUAGACAAAGGAAUUUCAAAUAGUAAUCCAAAUCUAAAUGGACAGCCGAUCGCGAAACCUCCGCCAUUACCACUGAGGCAAGCGCAACGAAACAGCUCAACUGAACAUGGAGGCGGUUGUAGAUCUCCUCCGCCACCUCCCAUUUGUUCUAUCAAACUUCCUCCUUGUAAUUGCUCAGUAGUGCGUCGAUCUUCAUCUGUUCCUUGUAAAGCAACAAUCACCAAUCGUGAUUCGUCGAGUUCAGCAGACAGUGGUGUUUGGGAGGCUUCCGCCCCAAGACGUUCUAGGUCUUACGAUCCCCUUCGGGAGUUAAAUUUUCGCUUCCAAAAAUCGGAAGAGAAAAGUACCAGCGCUGAAGCUGCCGUUCCUGUUUGCACCAUCGUUCCUGGUUCUUCCAAUGGAAGUGCCGCCUCUGAUCUUUCCGACUAUUUAGAAACAUUGUCCACGUCAUCGCACAGUUCUGCUGGUGGAAUUAACGGAGAACAGACCACGACUUCGAAUCCUCCGAGUUGUAUGCUGAGACCAAGAUCAGGUGGCGAGUAUUUGAGCUUACAGAGGCUUAUAGGGCCGGUUCCGGAAGAAAGACAUGACUAGUCCAAAGUUGUUUGCCAAAAUCUAACCUUACUAUUAUUCAUAAGUUUAUCGAGAUAAUGUAACCUUGUAAAUUGUGUUCGUUUGUAAAUAGUUGAUACCGACGGUACUACUAUUAAUAACAAAAUAUUUCAAUUGUACACCAAAUGAAUUGGUUCGUGUAAUUUUUUUCGUCAAAUAAAUUAUUUCUGAUUAUUAAUUAUUUAGUGAUGCAAAUAAAAUGAAUUGUAUCUGGUA